AUGGGUAAGAAGACUGAGUCACCACUUAUGGAUAUCGCAAUGCAGAUGGUCACUGAUGCAAAUCAGGCACUCACUGAGGAGGAACUUAGAGCAGUUAAAGAUACAUUAAAGAAGUACAUCCAGAACGAGAUUAGCCUCGAAUAUGCUUCCGACAUCAUGAGCCCUAUACUCGUUAACCUCGAUCCACUCCACCGCGUUGACAACAUCCUUCACGUUGUCGAGACACCUCUUGACGAGUACUCACUUGAAGAGGAGAAGCUUGCCGGCCGCCGUCGCUCACACAGCUGGAGCAUUGCAGAAGACAAUCGCCUCAUCUAUGCCAUCCACCACGGUGGCUUUGGCGACUGGUCACGCGUUGCUUCUUUUGUUGGCAACGGCCGCACACGCAGCCAAUGCAGCCAGCGCUGGCACAGAACACUCGAUCCACGCAUCAACAAGCAGAACUGGACUACAUCAGACGACAACAAACUUCUUGAAGCGGUUUCUAAGUUCGGUGUCAACACGUGGACUAAAGUUGCUAAAUUUGUUGGCUCACGCACCGAUGUCCAAUGCCGCUACCGCUACAUGCUUAUCAAGAAACACGGUAAAACUCUUGGUAGAAUGCGUUCUUCAUUAAAGUCUAGCUAUGAAAAGCGCUCAAAUCGUGGUUCUCGUAACAGAUCAGCAAGGAUGGAUAUAUCUAGUGAUGACUUAUCUAGUUAUACAAGUUACAGCGAAGAUGAAUAUCAAGAAAAUGAUUCAACAUAUUAUUACAAGGUUGAUCAAACAUACACACCGAAAUAUACUAGAAAUACAGAUAUAAACUCAAAUGAAUCACAUGCUCCAAUUAAGAAUGUUGAUGAACAAACCAAACAGUUUCCAGCUCUUACUAGAACAGAGGAACAAGAGAUUAACUCAUUGUUUAACUCUUCUCUUGGCAGUGAUGAGAUGGAUAGUGUUUGGAAGACCUUAUUUGAAACUAAUGAUUCCUUUGACUUCAAUAUGGAUAUUGAAGUUAUAUAA